UCCACACCUGCUUUGGGCAACCUGGUCCAGGCUCUGGCACCUCAAAGGAAAGAAGCUGCUCCUCAUAUUCAGAUGGAACCUCCUGUGCCUGGCGAUGACAUCCAGAACGAGCUGUUCCGUCACCUUUCCAGGGUUGGAGGCACCUCUCCUGUUCUCCAAGACACUUAAAAGAUGACGGAGAGCGGCUCUGCAAUGACGCCUGCCAACUCUUGGCGCUCCUCGGUGCAUCCCAUGGAUUUGUGGAUGUGUAAGUGAUCUCCAACCUGCUCUUCCUCAACCAAGGGCAAGUCUUCCUUUUGACCAACUGUCUCUAGGGUCUGGGAUUACAUAAACACCCAUUUUCCACCUGAGUUUUGACAGGAGCUCCUUACUCAUCUCCUUUACUUGAUUUCUUCCUCCUGGGGAUGUGUCUUGAGCUUGGAGGAGAUGAUGUUGGAAUAUUACCCAGCUCUCUUGGACCCCCCUACCAAUUUUCAAAACCAAAACCAUUUGGCCAGUUCGAGUCACCACUUCAUUACACGGCCUGUUAGAAACAGGGGGAGAUCAGUAUCAUGCGUCAAGUUAAGAGGUAAAGUUUAGCAAUAUGAUUACAUAAUAUUUUCGGUGUUUUCUAACAGGACUUCAGUUGAUGUAAUUUUAUGCUCCGUGUUCUCCAACCACCGACUUAGCAAAUCUAUCGCAUCAAAAAGGGUCUGAAGUCUUUUUGCGUUGUUCCCCUUUCCCAUCCUAGUAAAGCCGGGCUCUUUGGGGAGACAAGGCCUGGUUUAGAGCUGUCCUGGCUGGGAGAGAAACAGAACAGUUCUCACUAUCAUUGGGAAGUCCUAAUCUCCUGUUUUCCUUUGUUCUUGGCUUUAGAGCAUGUAAAAACCUUCAGUGGGCCUAAAUAAGUGGAAAAGUAAUAGAUUUAAAUGUUUUUUUCAGCAUAAUUGAAUAGAAUUAGCUUGUGAAAGCCGCCAAUAAGCACCAGAACUUGCAUAGGAGGGAGAGCAGUGCGAUUUACCCCGUUUAGCAAUGGCGAAUCGAGAGACCAAGGGAAAAGCUGAAAUCUUUUCCGAGGGCACUUCCUGAAUUACGAUGUAUAUAUAUAUCAGGAAAACGGAGCGGGGGGAAGUGGAGGCUUUGAAGCAAGAGUUCUCGUGAGUCUGGUGAAGAUCCUACCUGUGCUUGACUAAAUGGAUAACCAGGCAUUUGAAAUGCAUGGAGAGAACCUGCGAAGCGCUUCCCAUGGAAAACAGUGGCCACAGAAAGAGGAAAGAAAGGGCGGCUGGUCCCUAAUGAAAGUCUUUCUGGUUUGCCUGUUGGCCUGUGUGAUCACCACGGCGAUUGGGGUGCUGAUCCUGUCCUUGGUUUAUGUGAAUAACCCUCCUUUUGUGAGAGACACCGAUGGUGGAGACAAGGGAGCAUCUUCCUCGAACCCAGAGGAGAAAAGCGUGGAUGUCAAAUUCCAGUUCCUGAAUCACCUGGGGAAAUCAAAGGUAUAUACCUACCCGGGUGGUGAAAUUCAGUGGGCAAGAUUCAGGAAUGACGUAAAUGAAUAUCUAAGUGAUGAAGAAAUGGCAUUUGGCAAAAGCAUCAAUAACCAUCGCUCCAAAAUGACUUUUGGAACCUUACGGAUCAAGAGCAAAGGGCUUCGGGCUCCCCACUGGCAUUUUAAUGCCAACGAGCACGGCUAUCUGCUGCAGGGCACCGCCUGGGUGGGAGUGAUCGGCCCAGACGACAGCGUGGUCACCACGUACAACGUCACGGCCGGCCAGGUCAUUUUCUUCCCCAGAAACACCGUGCACUGGAUCAAGAACGUCGGGCCGGACGAGUGCUUGUUCUUGCUGUUUUUCACAACGCACGAAGAACUUCAGACCUUAGAUGUAGACGACGCCUUUUUCUCCACCCCAGAGGAUAUCGCAGCUCGAGCACUUCAGCCACAAGGUGGAGUCAACUUCAUCAGAACCUUCAAGAAACAAGCAGAAGAUCAAGCGGUUAACCUCCCAUCAAACUUAAACGAGCUGGUACAAAAUGCCACCUACGUGCAGUCCCCAGACAAGCUUGUGUGGCAAUACUUCUACGAUCUCAAAGGGUCAGCAGAAUAUCCCUUCCCAGGAGGAAUCUUCCAGUGGGCUCGUUACCGCAUCAACGGCACCGGACUUAACGAAACGGAAAGAAUCUUCAGCGAGUCGCUGAACAAGCACGAAAACACCCUGACGUUGGCAACUCUGCGCAUCUUCAGCAACGGGCUGGGGCAGCCGCAUUUCCACUUCAACGCUAACGAGAUGGGUUAUGUCAUUAGCGGCUGCGCGCAGGUCGGAGUUAUUCUCUCCGGAGUCACCGCCAGCUUCAACAUCGGCAUCGGAGACGUCAUAUUUUUCCCUGUCGGAACCCAACAUUACAUCAAGAGCGUGUGCGAUGAGGAUUUAUUAUUGAUUUUAGCCUACAGCACGGGAAACCAGCUGGAAACCCUUCGCAUGAAGGACUAUUUCCGCAGAACCGCAGAUCACAUCCUUGCUCAGCUGUUUUUCAAGCAACAGGCCGAGUUUAAGAAUUUCCCCUAAAACUGAAGCUCACGACCUCUCUUACAACCAAACAGCUCCAGGAACGUUUAUGUGAUCACCGUAUUUCUAAUAGUACUUUUUGGUACUUUACUCGCUAUUUAUCUGGAGAUGUUCAGGAGAAAUAAUUAGCAACCCCCAAUUCUAAAAAGCUAUUUUGUCUUUUGUAUUUUUACAGUGUUUUAUUUAUAGCGCUACGUAAUUUGAUUGUAUAUUAAAGUAAUUUCUCCAGUUCACUGG